AUGACCUUCGCCGAGGGUCUGGCAAAACUAAACGAAGCGCUCACGCCAGAGGAGAGAAACAAAAUCAUGGGACAUCGAAAGGGAGAUUCGAGCACUUACUUGCAAUAUUACAUGUCGAACUUCAUUGACGGCUACCGCAGCCGAGAACUCGCCGAAGGCACCGAAAUGCAGAAGCGAUACGACCGCUACAGCAAGAAGAUUAAUAACCUGCGCAGGGUCUUGAAGGCGUCUCGACUGCAAAAAGCCAUUCAAGACUUUCACACUAAUGUCCAUGUGGACGAGGUUAACCGACAGAAGCCCUUGUCGUGGGACAGAGAAAAGAGGCCGCAAACAAGCGGUCACGAGGCGUCUUCGCUCUACCGCGCGCAAGGAACCUAUGAAAAUGGCGGUAAGGCCAAUAUUCCGGAACUGGAAUCACCUGGAAACCAAUUCUUGCAGACGCAGAACACUUCGCAAACCAUGCGUCCCGACAUGGGCUUGAUUUACCACCGAGUAUACUAA